AUGCGCUUCACCACUGCAGCCUUUGCUGGCUACUUGGCCGCUGGACUCGCCUGUCUCCUGCACGUCGUGCAUGCUGCACAGGCGCCCUUCUCAAUAGACAGACAUCCCGGGACAGUCGAGCCUGCAACAGUUGAAAAGCUGGACGCAGCUGCUCGGCCCAAAUGGACGCUCCCACGGAGCAGCAACAGCUCCGCCGUCGUCUUCGACAAGUACAGUCUCGCACUAGCUGGGGGUCAACAGCGCCUCUUUGUCCUAGCAGGCGAAUUCCAUCCCUGGCGUCUGCCCGUGCCUAGCCUAUGGCGGGACGUACUGCAGAAGAUCCGAGCGGCGGGCUUCAACACCGUCUCGAUCUACACGCACUGGGGGCUCAUCCAGCCCAGUCCAGACCCCGCGUCCAUCAAACUCACUGGCGUCAACGACCUCGACUUCUUCCUCACUCUAGCGAAGGAGGUGGGUCUGUUCGUAAUCGUCCGCCCGGGGCCGUACAUCAACGCCGAGACGACUGCGGGAGGGAUGGCGCCAUGGACGGUCAACCUUGACGCCACCUUGCGCACCAAUGAUACCGCUUGGCACGCCGCCUGGCGACCCUAUAUCGACGCCAUCUCCCAGGUGGUGGUAAAGCAUCAGCUGCGUACGCACUCGGGCCGUCUCGAGGGCGGGAGCGUGAUCCUCGUUCAGGCGGAUAACGAGUACAAGACGGGGCCUGCGGAACGCGCCUACAUGCGUCAACUCGUCUCUCGACUCAAGUCCAAUGGCAUCACCGUGCCCAUCACGUACAACGACCCAGGUCGGGACGCCAACUUUGUCGAUCUCGUCGACCUCUACGGUCUGGAUUCGUAUCCUCAACGCUUCGACUGCUCCAACCCGACCACCUGGGUUCCCAUCCGUGACGACUAUCUCGAAUACCACCAGCAGACCAACCCUUCCCAACCGUUCUACAUCCCGGAAUUUCAGGGUGGGAGUUACGACCCGUACGGCGGGCCAGGAUACGAGCAGUGCGCGCAGAUGACCAACGCCAGCUGGACACGCAUUGCGAAUCUGGCCCUCGUCGCACAGCGCGUGACGCUGCUGAGUAUCUACAUGGUCUACGGCGGCACCAACUGGGGUGGGCUGGCUGAACCGGAUGUUUAUACGUCGUACGACUAUGGUGCGGCGCUGAACGAGCAUAGACAGAUCACGGACAAGUAUACCGAGCUCAAGAGGCAGGGUUACUUUGUGGAUGCGUUUGCGGAUCUAGCGAUGACGGAACAGAUCAAGGAUAGGACUGGGUUCAAUAUCUCGCAGGCAUGGGAUGUGGAUAGGAACAAAGAGGUCGAUGCGAGGGUGUUCAGAACGACGGUGCUCGAGAACCCGGAGACGCGGAGCAAGUUCUAUGUGGUGCGGUACGACAACACGACCGAGUCGAGGAGGGUGAGCUUUGCGCUGGAGAUCGAGUCGUUGGGCGAGAGCGUGCUGAUCGGAGGGCGGCGCGAAGGUGACAGCAGCGUCAACCACCUUAAUGGGAGGGAAAGUCACAUCAUUCCGGUGGACCAGGCGCUGCCAGGUGGCCUGCUGCUGAGGUUCAGCACCGCCAAUGUGUACCGCGUCGUAACGGUCGGCAACAGCGUAGUGAUCAGCCUCGACUACGGGCCGGAUCAGCUCAUCGAGUAUUCGCUCCGGGUGCAGAUGGAGGGUGAUGCCUUUGUGGAGAUGCAGAUGCUCAACGUUGGGAAGGCCGGAAUGCUGCAGACGGUAGAGGGCGGAGAGUGGGAAGAGUUAAAGCGUCUGCAUUCGGACAUCGGGCCGAAUGCUGUAGAGGCACGAGGUACGCUUCCCGUCUCUACCACCGAUGAUCACCGCUUCGUAACGUACAAGACCGCACUCGGCACCUAUGUUGUGAUGCAUUUCACACCGACCUUCCUCACUCGGCGAGACUUUUCCGCACCCGCAAGGUACAUCGGCAGUUCACCUCCCUCGAGUCUACAGCGACCCACACGCCCGAACAUCAUCAACGACUUCUUCGGCCUCUCCGAGGACAGCGUUGUGAUCCUCAACGCGGACCUUCUUCGGAACGCCACCUACUCGACCACCUCCCAGCCUUUGGAUACACUCCAUCUCUGGGGCUCACUCACCACAGCCUCGAACACCACCGCCAUCUUUGCGCUCCCCAACCUCACGCAUGUCUACUGGAACGGUCACCGGGUUGACGCGCAAGCGCAGUCCAACGCCGACUGGCUCUACAUCCUCCAUCUCCCCGGGCCGUCGCCCAGCGCCCUCGCCUGGAGACCGCCUGCAAGUGCAAAGCUCGACUGGCGUUGGCGGGAUAGCAUCGUUCAAACGUCGCGCGUGUUCCACGACGCCCACUGGGUGGAUGCCAACAAAACCACCUCGCCCAACCCCUACACCCGCGAUCCCAGCCUCGACACGCAGGGAACCAUCCUCUUUGCGUCCGAGUACGGGUAUCAUGCGAACAACAUCGUUUGGCGCGGCCGCUUCGAGGUGGAUCCGCGACACGUGCCGACGGAUGUCUUUGUCAAGGUCGAAGGUGGACGUAGCAGUGCGUUUAGUGUUUGGCUAAACGAUGUGUAUCUAGGGAGUGCGGAGGCGGGGCGGGAGGCGAGUGCUGUGGGCGCCACAUUCCGUCUCCCCGCAUCCAGCUUGAACCAGAACAAGCGAGGGGGGAAGAACGUGCUGGUGGUGCUGCAGGAUCAUAUGGGAAUAGAGAUGGAAGCCGGUCAACUACCCAUCGGUCUGCAACGCCACGGAUUGGAAGCGGUGAAGCUACCGCGCGGCAUCGUCGGAUUCUCCUUCCCCUCCCUCCGCACGACCCAUCAACCCGAACCGUCCGUCCGAUGGAAGGUCCAGGGCAACCACAUGGGCGAGUCCGCACCCGACACAGUGCGCACAAGUCUCAACGAAGGCGGUCUCUACCACGAACUUCAAGGCUGGCAUUUGCCUGGCUACAAUUCGGACCAUUGGCCCACCCUCCCCUCCAAUCGCCGCGUGGUGUUCUACCGCACAACUUUCGCCUUCGACGCGCCUCCCGAUGCGGAUAUCGGCGUGAGCUUUGUCUUCCGCAAACUCGAGGGAAGGCGAUUUAGGGCGCAGCUCUAUGUGAAUGGCUGGCAGAUGGGUAGGUAUGUCAACAAUUUGGGCCCUCAAACGGUUUUCCCGGUGCACGAUGGGGUGUUGGACUUGAGAGGAGAGAAUGUGGUCGGUGUUAGUGUUUGGUGGCUGGAUGACGAGGAGGGGGAAUGGGAUCCGAGGGAGGAUUUGGAGAUGAGGGUGGAUCAUGUCAUGAGCGGACGGGCGAGAGAUGGAUAUGUGAUGCAGGCGGGAGGAUGGGAGGAGUUGAGGGGAUAG